CUGGACAGAAACGCUGAUCUGAAGAAGCUCACUGAGGAAUGCAAAGCGGGGUAUGUUGUGUUCGACAACGCUUGGGGGAAGAACGGCACUCAGGUUGCGGAUCUGUUGGAAAAAAUCGACAUGGCAGUGGAAAUGAACGGGGGCCACUUAACCAGCAACAUCUAUGAGGAGGCCCAGAGGAAGCUGUGGUGGCGAAACAGGGGUUCUGAGCGUCCCCAUCCGCCAGGAACGGCGACUGCUCCCGCGUUUGGUUGUGGAAUGGAGCUGAAGCUGACAGUCAUGCUGAGCAACAAGAUCUGUAAAGUUACCUGCUGCGCGUGUUAA